UAUAUAGAACUCCGUGGCUCAGGCUGACUAUGUAGUGCCAUUGUGAAAGAAGAGCGAGAGAGAGUGAGUGAGAGAAAGAGGGCACAGACUUUCUCUACCUGGUGAAUGAGUUACUGAGAGGAGAGAGCAGCAGGAAAGAAUAUCAGCUUUCACAGGGCUGUGUUUUUCCAUUGGAUUACAAACAACAAGAGGGAGAGAUAUUUCCCAGAACACACGUAGAAGCUUCUGUCAGGUUGAUAAUGAAGCUUCUAGCAUCAUUAGCAGUGGUGCUCCUCCUGGUGGCGGUGGAGAGCAUGGCGGCAAGAGGCACAUCCAGGAGGACGAAGAGGGAGCUGAUGAGCCCGCUGCACAUGGAGGGCAUCAGGGACCCGUUUGGGUCGUACUGCGAGCAGCGGGGUGGCUGCUGCCCGGGUCGUGAGGAUCAGUGUACGGUGCCCUACCUGGACACCAUCUGUUACUGUGACCUGUUCUGUAACCGCACCGUCUCCGACUGCUGCCCCGACUUCUGGGGCCACUGUCUGGGCAUCUCACCCCCUUUCAUUGGCACCUGUGAAAGAAACGGACACAAAUUCCUCUCAGGACAGACAUACAAAGAGAACUGCAACUUAUGCACGUGUGGAACAACUGGGCGUUGGGAGUGUGAGCAGCAUGCCUGUCUGAUAGAGAAUGAUAUGAUUCAGGCUGUCAACAGAGGAAACUUUGGCUGGCGGGCAGCAAACUACAGCCAGUUCUAUGGCAUGUCUCUGGACGAGGGCCUGAGGUAUCGCCUGGGGACACAGAGGCCCUCCAGGACCAUCAUGAGCAUGAACGAGAUGCAGGUGAAUAUGGAUACUCAGAAUGACCGUCUGCCUCAGUACUUCAACGCAGCAGAGAAGUGGCCUGGAAAGAUCCAUGAACCCCUGGACCAGGGCAACUGCGCUGCGUCCUGGGCCUUCUCUACUGCAGCGGUGGCAUCGGAUCGAAUCUCCAUCCAGUCGAUGGGUCACAUGACCCCUCAGCUGUCGCCCCAGAACCUAAUUUCCUGUGACACGCGCAACCAAGGGGGCUGUGCUGGAGGACGUAUCGACGGAGCCUGGUGGUACCUGAGACGCAGAGGUGUGGUGACAGAGGAGUGCUACCCGUUCUCUGCUCCCCAGCAUACGCCAGCGGAGGUGGGCCGCUGUAUGAUGCAGAGUCGCUCUGUGGGCAGAGGGAAGAGACAGGCUACUGCACGCUGCCCCAGCACACACACCUACCACAAUGAUAUCUACCAGUCUACACCUCCCUACAGGCUCUCAUCAAACGAGAAGGAGAUCAUGAAGGAGAUUAUGGAUAACGGCCCAGUGCAAGCCAUCCUGGAGGUCCAUGAGGACUUCUUCGUCUAUAAGAGUGGGAUCUAUAAACACACAGACGUCAGCUUCACCAAACCGCCACACUACCGCAAACACAACACACACUCUGUCAGGAUCACAGGGUGGGGAGAAGAGAGGAACUAUGAUGGGACAACUAAGAAGUACUGGAUUGCUGCCAACUCGUGGGGGAAGAACUGGGGGGAGAACGGCUACUUCCGCAUCGCUCGCGGAGAGAAUGAGUGUGAGAUCGAGGCGUUCGUGAUCGGCGUGUGGGGUAGGGUCACCAUGGAAGACAUGCAAAGCCACCAUCACCACCAACAUCGCCGACGCAAGUAGAGACAGGCACUCCAGGAACUCAGCAUCCCCAGACUCCCUACCCUUUACCCCGUACCCACUUCCCCUCACCAGCCCCAGAGACCCUACCCUUCACCACGUACCCACUUCCCCUCAGCAUCCCCAGAGCCCCUACCCUUCACCCUGUACCCACUUCCCCUUCCUACCCUGGGGGAGCAACUCAACCAGCCCCAGACCCCCUACCCUUCACCCCGUACCCACUUCCCCUUAGCAUCCCCAGAGCCCCUACCCUUCACCCCGUACCCACUUCCCCUCAGCAUCCCCAGAGUCCCUACCCUUCACCAAGUACCCACUUCCCCUCAGCAUCCCCAGAGUCCCUACCCUUCACCCCGUACCCACUUCCCCUCACCAGCCCCAGACUCCCUACCCUUCACCCCGUACCCACUUCCCCUCACCAGCCCCAGAGACCCUACCCUUCACCCUGUACCCACUUCCCCUUCCUACCCUGGGGGAGCAACUCAACCAGCCCCAGACCCCCUACCCUUCACCCCGUACCCACUUCCCCUUAGCAUCCCCAGAGCCCCUACCCUUCACCCCGUACCCACUUCCCCUCAGCAUCCCCAGAGCCCCUACCCUUCACCAAGUACCCACUUCCCCUCAGCAUCCCCAGAGUCCCUACCCUUCACCCCGUACCCACUUCCCCUCACCAGCCCCAGACUCCCUACCCUUCACCCUGUACCCACUUCCCCUCACCAGCCCCAGACUCCCUACCCUUCAUCCCGUACCCACUUUCCCUCACCAGCCCCAGACUCCCUACCCUUCACCCCGUACCCACUUCCCCUCAGCAUCCCCAGAGCCCCUACCCUUCACCCCGUACCCACUUCCCCUCAGCAUCCCCAGAGCCCCUACCCUUCACCCUGUACCCACUUCCCCUUCCUACCCUCGGGGUGCAACUCAACCAGCCCCGUACUAAACUCUGGGGGAGCAACACAACCAGAACCCCGGAGUUCACACUCUGACCCUUGGAGGAACCAACUACCCCAAGAACCACUUAUCUUACCCCUUACACCCAUAUCCCCUUACCCAACACUGGAGGUAUUGAAACCCCAGCCGCCCCCAACUUAACUCAAGGUUUAUGGCAUCAAAACAAGCUCACGGCCUGCGGGCUUAGAGGGGCUCCUCCAUACAGCCUCCCCGGCUUCAGGACACAGCAAUAAUCACCUCAGGACUCACUAUCCCAAAGACCACACUUCCCAGAAUCCUUGGCUUUGGCCUGGGAUCGACUGUUUACUUCCUGCUUCUGUUCAGAAGUCUUCAUUUCCACUGUUGUGAUGAUGAAAGGACUGGCUUGAUCUGAACUCUCUUUCUCUCUCUUUCGCUCUCUCUCUCUGGAAGCCAACCCCUUACGGACAGAUUGGGAUAGUGAGAACCAGAGAGAUAGAAUGUUAGAUGACACAAGCACCAGAGAGAAACUAACAAUCCACUUGUGUUACAGUUUAGUUAGUGUUAUCACUGAGGACCUAACUCUUAAUCAUGCUAGCUAUAUCAUUGAUUAAUGUAUUCCUAUUACUGUCAGCAGAUCUGCAGGUGCAGUAGCCACGCAUCUCUCUACACAUUCCAAAAAAGCUGCAUUUUACACUGGAAAGAGUGCUGGUCUAAGGCUUGGUGGUAGGUGGGAUUGAGUUUAGUGAACUGUCCUUUUGACCAAUAAUUUAUUUCCCCUCAUUUACCAAAAAACUAUGUUUUCUUUUUAGUACAAUCCUGUACUAUGCUAAGUGCAUAGUACAGGAUGGAGUCUCUGCAAGCUCUGGAAAUGUUCAGUACCACAUAACCUGUCUGGUUAUGGAAGAGAUGGUGUCAAUCUUCCAAUGAUAUCAAAUCAACUUCAGUCUCAUGACCAUGACAGCUCUUGACUGAAUCCAACUGCUUGAACAUAACCUUUCUGUAAGAAUAAUUUUAGUGGGUCAACCAUUUAAAAAUAUCCCUUAAUAGACAGUAUACACUCUUAGAAGUAAUAGAGCCUGGAAGAACCUUUAGAACCAAAGAACCAAUUCUAAAAAUUAUUCGAGGAACCCCUGUGUAAAGGUUUAAAUCAGAACCUUUUUGUGAUGAGUGAGGUUCAAUUUUGAACCUUUUUAAUAAUAUAUUGUAGAGGUGGCAGCCUAUCAGAAGAUUGGAGGUGUAUCUUAUUGGAGGUGUGGCUUUCAGAUAGUUAUUUUUGGCCACCCAUUACAAUAAAUGUCAUUCCUGUUCAUCAUGUAAAGUUUCAUCAUGCAAAUUUCAAUUUUCCUUGAAUAUUUAUGCAUAUUACAUAUUCUAAUAUAAUAUUAAUAAUAUUAACAUUGCUGAUGACAUAAGGUCCAACAUUGGGAUUUGCAUAGGCUCUUGAGGAACUCGUACACCUCUGUAAGCCUCAUUGAAGCUACAGAACUGUCAUUGUUCAACCUUAACAUGUGAUGAAAAUACAACAGAAAAUCUGAAAGCCACACCCCUACCAAGCCACACCUCCAGUCCAGGGUUCCUACAGGAACACUUUGCUACAUUGAAACAUGAAAGGUUCCUCCAAGAACCCCUCAACUAACCUAAGGUGCAAAUAUUGAGGAACUCCAGGGGUUCAUUGAUUACCUCCAGUGUUCCUCGAGUCACCACUAAUUCUAAGAGUGUACAGUACAUUUGAAAGCAGAGAUGAAGCAAGCGAGGAGCUUUAAAAAAACACUUUCCGUUUAUUAAUCAGCUGGUUGACAAAAACAUAUCUUGGAAAAAAUGAGUUGUCAUUUCUUUGAAGAAGGUAAAAUGGCCACCACCAUGUCAUUUUCAGAUGUUGCUUCAACAUGGAAACAUCUUGGUUGAUCAAAUGCCUUAAAGAAAUAAGCGCUGUUUUUGACCUCUGGUUGAAAGUAUCCAAAGUAUGUGUAUUAUAAUCUUCAUCUGUUUCAUUCCGUGUACACUGUGUUACUAUAAUGCUGAAAAUAUUGUUGUAUUUUACUCCUAUUUUCUUACUUGCUUUGAGAGAUGUGGUUGUCUCACUCACUCACUCCUUUCCCCUGACCAGCUGCUUUGAGAGAUGUGGUUGUCUCACACACUCACUCCUCUCCCCUGACCAGCUGCUUUGAGAGAUGUGGUUGUCUCACACACUCACUCCUCUCCCCUGACCAGCUGCUUUGAGAGAUGUGGUUGUCUCACACACUCACUCCUCUCCCCUGACCAGCUGCUUUGAAGAGUGCUUGUGUGGUGCACUUACUCCUUCUGAAGGUGAACACACACAAAGUGCCUGACUCUAGGGAGAGGAGGAGGUCGGACUCAGCUGCCAAAGUCUGUUCAAUGCUCUUUCAUUAUAGCCUAAAUCUCACAGACGCAACAUGCCACUAACACUUCAGUAUUCAGCAAUAGGCAUGUGUAGGCCUACAACAGACUAAUUGUGACAUUUCAAAGGUUGUGCAUUUCCAAAGAAGUGUUAGGUAGGUAGCUCAAGCCUCAACUGAAGCCAGUAAUCACACAGGUUCUGAUAUACUGAUAUAACUUGAUAUAACUGCCUUAUGUAAUGUUGCCCUAGGUGCUCUUUUUAUACUGUCUCCAAUUCAGAUAUAUUAUUUCUGUGCCUAUCAUGAGUUUUAAUGUCUAAGUUUCCAGAGGUGGCAACUGUCCUUUUAGAGACCACAUCAUGUAUCAGUUCACACUGUGCUGUCUCACUUCACAAUAAACUGCUUGGCUUCCCAGAA